AUGGACAUGAUCUCUUCGCCCGAGGACUCGUCUGAUAACGAAAUCACCACACCUGUCAAUCAGACUGCCAACGCCGCCGCGCCCGUUCCGUCGCCGCCAGACUCGCAGCGGCAACCGAUGCCCACGGUGCCGUCAGGCGCUUCGAUUGCGAACUCGAAUGGCAAGCGGCCCUUGCAGACUAUCAGCAACGGCGCCGACGACACAGAAGGUGUGACAGAGCUGCGCCUAGCAUGUGCUGCGCUGGGCGUGUAUGAGGACAUGAGACUGAUGGGGACAGCAGAAAUGGCCAACGCCAACGGCAAGUCCAAGGCCGAAGCGUCCUUCAAGACCCAUGCGAGCAGUGGCUACACCUACAGCAGGCCUGAGGACGAACCGGGUUAUGCAUGGCUGAACAAGAAGACCCAGGACGAGAUCACUCGCGCGUUAGAAGGUCUACAACACAAAGACUGUAUGCUCCAGAAUCGCUAUGGAGAUCCAUUCGAUGCCGCGGCCAAGGAAAAGGCCAUCAUUGCUAGCUUGAAGCAGCAGUAA